GAGACUCCCAGUAUGUACUCUGGUACAAGUCGAAACAUGUAGGAUUUACUGUACAUUGUGUAUGUGUAAACGACCUCUCUGCCGAUCUCCAUUUUAACCGUCUGGACUUAUGUUUAUAUCGACAGAUUCAGCAUAUUUCUGACAAAUUCUGAUAUCACAUGCAAUUAGCGUUUCAGGCACCACUGCACCAUCAUGGCGACCGCUACAGACAGCGCCGACCCGACGGACAUGACGAAGAGGAGUCUGAUCGUGGAUGAGGCUGCAUUUGAAGAACAGUUCCUUCGAUGUCACAUAUGUAACGAACGCUUUGACCAGAGUGAGCGAUCCCCAAAGUCCCUUCCCUGUAACCAUACAUUCUGUCUGCCUUGUCUCAAACAGGUGUUCGACCACAACCAACAAAACCAACGCAGGUCAGUGGCAUGGCUGGACGAAACGUUUGAGGGAGUGCUCAAAUGUCCAGAAUGCAGAGUGGAGAUAUUCUUAAGUCGUAGCGAAAUCGAAGCCCUCCCCAGAGAUCAUCGCGUCAUACAAAUGAUGGACUUUUUGUCGACUGUGCAAGCAAAAUCUCAAAAUGUCUGUUCAAAACAUGAUAAUCAACCUUUGAACUUUUUCUGUAAGGAGUGUCUGAUCCCAGUGUGUCGAGAUUGUACUGUCCUAGACCACAAAGAACAACAGGGACACAACAUCGUGGAUGUAUCAGAAGCCUUGAAUGAAAGCUCGACAGAUUUCAAUGUAAUCGAGGAGAAAAGUAAAGACUUCCUCGGUAAAAUGAAAGGUCGGACAGAUUCCCUGGCUAAUGCCUCCAAACAACUAGACUUACAGGAACGCCAGCUGAAGUCUUCUAUCAAAGACACGUUUAUAGAAUACCGACUGUUGUUAGAGAAGCGUCAGGAAGCGCUGAUCAGGAUUCUACGCGAAUCAACCCAAGAGCAAAAACAGAAGAUCAAUACGCGGUUUGUGGACAUUUGCACGCAGGGAUCUGACCUUCAAAAAAUGUACGACAAAUUCAAGACAGCGCGCGCGAGUAACGAUAUCCGACAGUUGUUCACCAUACAGCAGCAGAUAAAGGAGCGGGAGACAGAAUUCACGUGUACGGCGGAGGCAAACGACGACGAAAUAUUCAUUGGGUGCAAAUUCAAUAACCCAAGUGAAUUAGGAUUUUUGUCAGAAAUGAGUGGUUUGGGCGAAGUUGAGACAGAGCAAAAUUUCGACUUAAAGAACCCUGUUCCUGCUCACCAGCUGGUGUUACUUGACAGCUGGGAACGUCCCGUAUAUUACGGGGGUGGGGAAGACGUACCGGAAGUGACCGAAAGCCAAGAAGGAGAGACGUCUGCAUCUAGUGAAACCCCGUCUAGGGAAACUUCAUCUAGGAGAACCUCAUAUAGAGUAGGCAUAUCGAGGGGAGGUCGGGAGCCUUCGCGAACAUCCGAUAGCUCGUCUACUCUCGCGCGACUAACGCGUCGUAACCUGCAGUCAUCACUGUUGGACUCCACCGGCGUCGACGUCGAAGAAUAUGUCCAACCUUUGGACAGUAAUGACGAGAGACAAGCGCGAGAAGCCCUCGCGUCAACCUACCUCAUGAGGAUAGCUAACCGUCUAAACGAGAGCGCUGAGGAGAUGGCGGAGGCUUUGAGACAAGGAGAGGAACCCUCGACGUCCUCCAUUGAGGACGAUGAUAGCAGUCCGACAUCACGGCAUUCUUCCAGCACCACGAGCCGAGGAGGGUCAUCCUCUCGGACGUCAAGGUCACCCCAGAGUGGGGUAAGAGUUGUUAGACAUCCCACACCCCCGACUACGCAUGCGUCAUCUAGAGAUCACGGGUCACACGGAUACACGUCCAGCAGAUACAAUAAUAACUAACAUUUACAGAACUGAUAGGUUGGAUACGCAAAAAUAAGUUUGGCCGAAAAGUAAAAUGUUGACGAUAAUCGGACCCAGGUACCUAUCGUGACUGAGAGUAUUGAGCAUAUUGUUGAAUUUUCUGUCAGUCGCGAUAUGUACCUGGACGUUGUAGACGCUUGUUACGAACAUGAAUUCGGACUCAUGACUGCGUCCACUAUCCAUUAGAAAACAUUGACCGGUUGGAUCUAGUAAGAAGUGUGAAUGCCACCGCCUGUGGAGAGGAGGAAAGGCACACAUUACGUCAAUUGUGGACAUGACUUUGUUUUUAUAAAUUAUAAAACGACUCCUUAAAGUGGGAACUUGUAUUUACAAACAAUAUGACGAUACAAUGAAACCAAACGUGACAUAACGUUGAUGUUACCAGUACUAGUUUUGAUUGACAGAAUGGCAUACCCCUGUCGUCUGUGAUCGUUGUUAAACUCAGUUGUUUUUAAGCAUUAUUAAAUCGAUUGAAAUUUGUAGCAACUACUUUUUGGGGAAUCUUUUCGGAGUGUUGGUCAGAAGCUAGAUUUUUACUCUUUAGAGAAUUUGUCGGUUCUCAGCUAGUUUUAGAGAGUGAGUUGAGUUUAAACCUUUACGCUAGGGUGUUUGCUGGUUCGCAGCUAGCGUUAUCCUUUUUAGAGAGUGAGUUGAUGUGAAGCUGGUUUUACACUUUUUAGGGUCGGGUGUGUGUUGGAUCGGAGCUUGUUCUGGGUUUUUUUGAAGGGGGUUUGUUUGCUUGGAGAUACUGUUCUGUAUAGUUAAGUGUGUGUGUUGGUUGGGAGCUAGUGGAUUUCCGCGUUUAAUUUGAUAUGUGAUUUAUAAUAUCAUUUACCCGUCACAAAUUGACCCGAAGAGAAUAAGUUGGUGGUCGAUGUCCAAUGUUUGACUGUGAUAGACCACGGCUACAUGUAGUCAGGGUAUUAUACUGUAGACAAGUGUACCAUUGUUUUUUUUUAAAUUUAUUUUUGGUUAAUUUACCAAAUUUGGGUGCUAGGGGCACUGAAAAGUAGUCUUCAGUGAUCCGAGCACCAGAUUUUGUAAAAUUCAACCGCUUGGCGUAUGAAGCUAAAAUUUGAUAUGAUUUUUCUUAAAUUAAUCACACAUAUCGUGAUAUAAUAAGGACACACCCUGACCACAUAUGCCGAUGUGGUAAACGUGAACUCAGAUCACUGACGAUUACUCAGUGAUGUGGGUAUAAUAUAUAGUAAUAGUGUUUAAUACCUGCUAUACAGUUGAUCAGAAAGACUUAAUUCUGUAGCAUUACAUUUUACUACUUCUUACACAACACAUCAUAACGAAACUGAAUAAAUCUCAGUUUGGUUGAUGUUAGGAAGGAACAGAAAAAGUUGAUUUACGAAACGAUUUCCUUUCCGCUUUGUUAAAGUAAAGAUAAGCUGACAUCUAUUCCAUUUUACUAAUGACUGUCACCACACUGUCUUUUGACAACAAUAAUAAUCAAGUGUUUAGUAUAAGAACCUGUUAGAGCUGUCACAAUAUCUCUGACACCCGGGAUAUCACAAUACACAGGCAUAUAAAGGCAACACAAUACACAGGCAUAUAAAGGCAACACAAUACACAGGCAUAUAAAGGCAUUUCGUAUCGUGCAGCAACACAAAUCAAAUAUCGUUGUAUUGCAAUAUUUUUCUAAACCUAAUUUCAUGUCUAUACUAGUUGUUGGAUUCAGUUGAACUUUCAUAACCGAUUAUCUGUUUAACGAAAAUCUGAAGUCAGCUCUAUAUGAUGAUGACAGUUUGACAGCAUUACCAUUUUGAAUUGAUCCCAUUUUCCCUGUGAUAUUGCAAUAUGUCGUUAUUCACCUCAGAUUUACUGUGACAUCCCUAGAACCUAUUGUAUUAGUAUCCAGUGAUUAUUACCUUGCCACCUUUACUGAAUCAGUAUGAUACCAGUGAGGACUAAAGUGCUAAUUUUGAUAAUACUCCAAAUGAGUUUCGUAAAAAAAUGUGUUUUGAUUUAAAUCAUUAAAACGCUUUAGACUU